AAUAAAUUCCCAUUUCUCCUCUCUCUCUUCUCUCGCUCUCUCCCCGCCUCUGAAACUGAAAUACGUACACUUCUCAGUUCAAAAAUGGCGAGUCGCCGGAAGCCCCAGAGCUUGAACGACAGCCACUACCGCUUCCUCCAGGACCUCACCACUCCUCGCCCUUCCAAUCCUUCCUCAUCCUCCUUCAAUCCCUCCUCCAUUCCUCCUCCUCCUUCGUUUCACCUAGGUGAAGAAGAGACCGGGGUGGCGCAACCGCAGCCUGAUAAGAAUCGGGGCGGCGGUGAUCGCGACGACAGUAUUCCUCGCUUCUCCAUGCUUUCUGAUUCCGAUUCUCCUCUAGUCCCUGAAGAGAGGAGCAGAGAGAAGGCUGAGAUAGAGACUAGGCCACGGGUUAGCAAGGUUUCGUCUUUGGACGGCGAGGACACCGAGAACAUACCGCCUGCUAAGCCAGAGGUCUCUGAUAUUGCAGAUAAGGGCAAUAAGCAGGUAAAGGUUAAACUCCAAGGGAGGCGUAGGUUAUGCAAAAUCUCAUCUCGAGAUGGUGAAACCGCUGAUAAUACACAACCCUGCGAUGAUCCGAACUUUUCCGAUAGUGCUGAUUUUGAUUCUCCGGUACCACCGAAAAACUGUGGAGGGGGUAACGAGGAUGGCAAUACUAAUGACAUUAGGGAUAUUCUCAAUAGUUUAAGCUCACGCCUCGAGCUUUUGUCGAUUGAGAAGAAAAGACCGUCGAAAGAUAGUUCUCGUGCUGAUGGAUGGAAGCCAACUAAAGUUGAGAUGAUUAAAGAUAAUGAGGAAGCUGAUGUUCCUGAAUACACAAGCACUGGGUCUUCAUUUUCGGGGAUCUCUGAAUUGCCUGAUAACUCAUCAGUCAAAGAUAAUAACCUUGGAGGCAGCAUUCGAAAUGUAAAAGAUGAAGGUCAUGGUGAUGGACGAGGGCGACAUGAAUCUGAGACUAAUAGUCUUGCAAAUAGGGGUGUGGCGACUAUGAAAGGAGUUGACAGGGUGAAAGUUGAUGAUGAAUUGGAGACUUUGGGGCAAUCGCAUUCGUAUCUUACGGAAAGGGAGAGUUAUCUGCAGAUUGGGGUUGAAGGUCACCGUCAAGUUUGCCAACACAAAAUUGACAGCGACGCAGAUGAGGAUGAUUGUGUACUUUUGAGCAGCAGAAGUCAUCGGACCAAAUUUGGCAGCAAAGAAGAGGAUGAUGGUUAUGUUCCUCUGAGCAGCAGAAAUCAGGGAAAAGAAUUGGGGAAGAGCAGAACCCAGAGUGAAGGUUUUGUCAAUUCUAGUGUUGUUGAUGCAUCUGUUGAUGCGGAAGCAAAUGCUCCGUUCACUUUGACUGGCCCAAGAUUUACAUACAAAUUACCCAGAGCAAUAUCAAAGAUUCUAUAUCCGCAUCAGGUUGAUGGUUUGAAAUGGCUCUGGUCCCUUCACUGUCAAGGGAAAGGUGGAAUCCUUGGUGAUGACAUGGGUUUGGGGAAAACAAUGCAGAUUUGCAGUUUCUUAGCUGGAUUAUUCCAUUCACGGUUGAUAAAGCGGGUGCUGGUGGUGACCCCGAAAACCCUUCUUUCCCAUUGGAUCAAAGAAUUAUCAGCGGUUGGACUUUCUGAGAAGACAAAAGAAUAUUUUGGGACCAGUGCAAAGGCUCGUCAGUAUGAGUUGGACUACAUACUUCAGAACAAAGGUGUACUAUUAACAACAUAUGAUAUAGUGCGCAACAACUCGAAAUCGUUAAGAGGGGACUUUUACUUUAAGGAUGAUGAGAGCGAGGAUAGCAUCACAUGGGACUAUAUGAUUCUUGAUGAGGGACAUCUGAUAAAGAAUCCUAGUACACAGAGGGCAAAGAGUUUACUGGAGAUACCGAGUGCACACCGUAUUAUUGUCAGUGGCACCCCAAUACAGAACAAUUUAAGGGAGUUAUGGGCCUUAUUCAACUUUUGCUGCCCUGAAUUGCUGGGUGACAAUAAAGAGUUCAAGGAGAAAUAUGAGGAUCGAAUUCUUCGUGGAAAUGAUAAAAAGGCUUCGGAUAGGGAAAAGCGCAUUGGUUCAGCUGUGGCGAAGGACCUAAGGGAGCGCAUUCAACCAUAUUUCUUGCGUCGCUUGAAGAGUGAGGUAUUCCAAGAAGAUGAUUCGGUUGCUAAACUAUCCAAGAAGAAUGAGCUAAUUGUUUGGUUGAGAUUGACUAGUUGUCAGCGGCGCAUCUAUGAAGCCUAUUUAAACAGUGAGCUGGUUCUAUCUGCCUUCUAUGACUCUCCAUUGGCUGCACUAACGAUACUGAAGAAAAUAUGUGAUCACCCAUUGAUUUUGACCAAAAGAGCUGCUGAAGAUGUUCUUGAGGGCAUGGAUUCAAUGGAUAAUCCAGAAGAUGUACAUAUGGCUGAGAAACUUGCAUCAUACAUAGCUGAUGUUGGUGAGAAAGAUGAUUUUCUGGAAAAACACGAUAGUAUCUCCUGCAAAAUAUCUUUCAUAAUGUCUUUAUUGGAUAAUUUGAUACCUGAGGGACACAAUGUACUUAUCUUUUCCCAGACUCGCAAGAUGCUCAAUCUUAUUCAGGAAUCAUUGAUAUCCAACGGUUAUGAGUAUUUGAGAAUCGAUGGAACCACAAAGGCCAGUGACAGGAUAAAGAUUGUAAAUGAUUUCCAAGAAGGCAUAGGGGCUCCUAUAUUUCUUUUAACAUCCCAAGUUGGCGGUCUGGGCCUUACCCUAACAAAAGCAGAUCGCGUCAUUGUGGUUGAUCCAGCGUGGAACCCAAGCACUGAUAAUCAAAGUGUUGAUCGUGCAUAUCGGAUUGGGCAAAAGAAAGACGUCAUUGUAUAUAGAUUGAUGACCUGUGGAACCGUUGAAGAAAAAAUAUACAGGAAGCAGAUAUUCAAAGGUGGUUUGUUCAAGACAGCAACUGAGCAUAAAGAACAGAUGCGGUACUUUAGCCAGCAGGAUCUGAGGGAGCUCUUCAGUCUGCCCAAACUGGGUUUUGACGUUUCUCCUACUCAACAGCAGUUGCAGGAGGAGCAUGAUCGGCAACAUCAAAUGGAUGAAUGUCUCAAGUCUCACAUUGAGUUCCUCCAGACCCUCGGCAUUGCUGGUGUCAGUAACCAUAGUCUACUCUAUUCCAAGACGGCUCCCGUACAAGUUACAGAGGAAGAAGUGGAGCAGAUAAGGUCAAAAGGAACGGCGUAUGUGCAGAAUUAUCCGUCCUCACGUGCUUCAGUUGAACGAGAUGUUGAUGGGGCCGCAUUUGCCUUUAACCCGAAGGAUGUGAAACUCGUCGCCACGAGAAAGAGUCAGUCCCCAGUCAGCGCUGGCAAGUUGACGGAAAGUGAAAUAAAAGAACGCAUAAGUCGCCUGUCACAGAUGUUGGGAAAUAAGGUCAUGAUAUCGAGAUUACCCGACAAGGGGGAGAAAAUUCAGAAGCAGAUUGUCGAGUUGAAUCUUGAGCUCGAGAAGCUCAGGGGGGCAGGAGCCACUGAGAGGGUAGUGAUCGAUUUGGACGAGAUCAGCAGCGAUUUCCAGAAGCAGUUGAAUGUUACUUCAGGGCAUGAGAAGGGAUCGACAUCUCUCUCGUCGUUCUGACAGUCAGUGGAUUGGAUUGGAACAAUUCUUAGGGAGCUUUUGUGACUAUUGCUUAUCACGAAGUCGAACGAUCAAAGGGGCUUUAUUUUUGAAACUAUGCUGCUGUGCCUGAGCCCGAGGCGAUUCCUCUGCCAUUCUCAUUGCCCAUUGAAAUUGCCCAUUGAAGUAAAUGUGUCUUAAAAUUUUCAAUUUUUUGGGAACCAUCUGAUCUGCAACUAUUUUGUAGAUAUGUCACGGUCUCAUUCUCCAGAGCAUUUGUAAAGUAAACUCGAAAUGAUUCGAUCGUUUUUUCACCAAAAAGCAAAAAAAAAACAAAAAAUC